ACUCGCUUGCUGUUGCAAAGCAGCCAAAGAAAAAAACCAACCUGGAAUUUAAAGAGCAAAGAUUUCAGUCUUGCAAUGCGGAUAUAGAUGGACGUUUCAUGCCGUCAAACUUGCAUCUUAGUUCUGGGCUGAAGACCUAAUCGUUCACAGCAGAGAGAGGGCUUGCACUUUAGUGACACAAGCUUUAAAUGUUGUUUUCUUCCUCUUUACGCUCAUAUCUGUCUAUUUUGGUACACAUGCAUAUAUCUUUCCUUCAGAGAGCACAACGCACUCGGAUCUGAAGGGUAUCGCGUUGUUGUUCCCGACAGUGAAAUAAAGUGGCAUUUUUUGCUUUUCUUUUUUCCCUUGGUGGAUCAAAGUAAAUUGUUUCAUACGAAGCAUCAACAUGGACGUGUUGGCAAAUUACAGUAUUUUUCAGGAACUCCAGCUCGUACAUGACACCGGCUACUUCUCUGCGAUGCCCUCCCUGGAAGAGAACUGGCAGCAGACGUGUCUGGAGUUGGAGCGAUACCUGCAGACGGAACCCAGGCGGCUGUCAGACCUCUUCGACGAGGAACUGGACUGUCUCCUCACGCCGGCCUUCCUCCAUGUGGACAGCGAGGAGGAUGACCUGGCUGACCCCUUGCUGCCCCACCUCACAGACCGGCCCAGCACCACCCUCCAGCCCCUGCUGUCCGCAUCUUCCGCCAAGCCCCCGCCUGCCGCCGCCAAGACGCCCGAACCCGGGGCCAACGCCGCCCAGCUGAGCGCUGCCGUCACCUCCCUGACCCCACCCUCAUCCCCGGAGCUGGGGCGUCACCUGGUCAAGCCCCCCGUGCAGACAUUGACCACGGGCACCCUCACACUUAAGCUCGUGGCCAGGAAGACAGGGGGGCUGGCGGCCGCGUAUGCGUUGCCCUCACUGCCCUGCAGGGGGCAGCAGAGUGACGGGGAGCAGGGGAGCGGGGGGGCGCUCGCUGGGGCAGACAUCCCUGAGAACAAGAAGAGGGUCCACCGUUGCCAGUUUAAUGGCUGUAGGAAGGUCUACACCAAGAGCUCACACCUGAAGGCACACCAGAGGACACACACAGGUGAGAAGCCCUACAAAUGUUCGUGGGAGGGCUGCGAGUGGCGCUUCGCCCGGAGCGACGAGCUGACCAGGCACUACCGCAAACACACCGGCGCCAAGCCCUUCAAGUGCAACCAUUGUGACAGGUGCUUCUCCCGUUCAGAUCACUUGGCCCUGCACAUGAAGAGGCACAUGUGAGACUGAGAGAGAGAGAGGGGGAGAGAGAGAGAGAGGAGAGAAGGAGACAGAGACAGCAAAAAUGAGAGAAGGAGCACGGAUGGAGACAUACAUGACGGCCAGAAAACUCCCAGCUGGGAACUGAGUGGGCGGUCGGCAUGGCCGUGAGGAGGGAUUCAGUGGGAGAGAGACAGUGGCACGGAGGAGAGGAGGAAUUCGGCCAUUUCGUUUGCGGAAGCACACUUUCUGUAGACUCCACCGUACUCAUUUAUCAUCAGCAGAUUUGUCAUGCCUUACCUGGCUGGGGUGCGGGAGUCAGACACUGCCCAACGGUUCUGCCAAUCCCCGUUGGACCCCGUGCUCCAUUUUUACUUUCCACAAGGGUCCAUGGGAGGUUUUGAAGGGAAAAGCAC